AUGUGGAAAUUAUUACGGAUCAAGGACAUCAAAAUCGAUAAAGACGGUAAAGUUAGGAACGUUCAGGUGGAAACUCCCACUGGGAAACUUCUCGAUCGUCCAAUAAAUGUCUUAUAUCCUCUCGAAGUUAAUGAUGAAGAAAUUCAUCUUGAACCUAAUAAGAAAGAAAAUAUGAAAUUUCCGGAAACCGAACAGAACACUGAGGAGCUCCAGGAACCUAUUGCGAUGCGAACUAGGAGCAAUACAAAACGACAAUCUCGAUUAAAGGAGGACCAAACAACUAUCACCGCACCAUCAUCAGAAACCUGUUUCACGACAGGAGCAUGGUCUUUAUGCCUCAAAGAUAAAACGAAACGAUCACAAGGAUGGUUCAGGCCUAUCAUCGUAUCGGGUUACUUCAUUGCAUACGUAAGGACAGUACUAGAGUUGGGUAUAUCGCUUCAUACAUUACGGUUGGUUGAUGAAUUGAAGAUGUCUCGCUAUAUGAUGGUUGAAAUAAUAUCUUCACAUGUCCUUUAUAAGGAUGAAUUCUUGAAAUAUCUUUCGUUAGCAUCAAAUAUCAAAGUUGUACGCAUUCUGUUGCCAUGUCAUUGGACUGAACGAGUGGAGCGAUGUGCAUUUGGAUGUUUCCUUAAUGCUGACUUUGCAUGUUUCAUGAAAUGUGGAUGGGCUUCAUUAUUUCAUUAUAUUCCUCAUGCUUCUCUUGUUUUCUUAUGA